ACUGCUGAGACAGAAAGGGGAGCAGGCAAGAGCGAGCAGCAGCACAGCGCCCACCCUGACCUGAUAGCAGGGGAGAGUCCCAGACAGGGACCUGGAUCCUUGCUGCCUUGGUGAUCCCAGGCUGACAGCCAGAGAGCACAGCGGCUCAGCUCCUGGAGAGUGAGGGUUGAAGAAAGUGGAGGGCAGCCGCCCGCAGCCGCUGGCUCCCAUUAGGUCGGUUCCUGCAGCAGUGCCCAGCGGCCUUGGAGAGGCCCUACCCAGCAGAGAUCAUGUAUUGCCUCCAGUGGCUGCUGCCCGUCCUCCUCAUCCCCAAGCCCCUCAACCCCGCCCUGUGGUUCAGCCACUCCAUGUUCAUGGGCUUCUACCUGCUCAGCUUCCUCCUGGAGCGGAAGCCUUGCACGAUCUGUGCCUUGGUUUUCCUGGCAGCCCUGUUCCUCAUCUGCUAUAGUUGUUGGGGAAAUUGUUUCUUGUACCACUGCUCUGAUUCUCCGCUUCCGGAAUCGGCACAUGACCCUGGUGUUGUGGGCACCUAACAGCUCAGUUAACUCUCCAAGGAAGCAGAAGACGGGAGGGGAGGCAUUGACAUAGGUCAUAACGCAUUGGAGUUUCAAAUCCCGCAGACCUGCGGCUGCCACAUUCCUGACGGCGCCUUUUUUGGCCUGUGACGUUUUAUCCGUAUAAUGUGAAUAAAGGCACUGACCGGUGCUUUUAUAGUAGAAUCCUAUAUAGUCAGGGUGAUCUUGUGGUUGUGUGUGUUCUGUCCCAUCUCCAUCCCCAGCUGGCAAGAUGGCCACCUCCCUCCAUUCAUGUGAGGGAUCUUCGUUUCAGUUUGAUCUGGAUGAAGGAAAUGCCAGUCUUGUGUCCUGUGACCCAUCCUGUUCAGGGUCUCCUCACUUCCAGAAUAUUACCAGCUCCUUUGUCCCUCUUCUGAUUUCCUUUCAGGGUCCCCCGCACCCCUUUUCAUUUUGGGAGAGUACCUGUCUAAGACACGGCUCACUUUUGCACUUAUCUCUAAUUGAAAGAGAUUGCUGAUGCCCGAGAGCCUCGCUUUUUCAUCCCCCUCCUCCAAUCUAUCCCUUUCAACAGGCUAGACAGAAACUUGUCUUGACUGUUUGUUGUUCAGAAAUCUCCAGUGUUUUUUCCACUUUGGUUUUAAGAAGCAACAGGUACCUGUUGCUCUUUUUAUCUGAGGAGGGUCUGGGCUCCCCGUGCCUGCCUCACUUCCUUUGUUUGCCCUUCUGCUGGUCUUAACUGUCUGCACGAGGAGCCUCACUAUCUCCCAUGCAUGCUCUGCAGGGUUGAGGUGCACUGUGUUCAUGUAGACAGAGCAGUGCCCAGCCGAGUGAGUGGGGUGGGUUUGUUGAGUUUCAUGAUGGCCAUACUCCCUUUGAUAGGUGUUUGGAUACAUUUUGGUGUGCUGUGUGUAUGCAUACAGGUACAAAUUCAAGCGUGUAUUCCUUUAAGAAGCUUUAUGGAGCGUGUUCUGAUACUUGAGGUGUAGUGAUGACUAGCUAUAGUAGGUGCUGCUACAGUUUUUAUUUAGCAUGGGAAUUGCAGCGUUACCAGCACACUGGACUCCAAGGUGGUUCAUACAAGACAGAGCAACAGUGGCCAUCAUCUUCAGGCCAGGAGUUUCUCCAUUCGUACGAGUACCUUAUGAAGAACACAGAGGAAGUGACUGUCGUUUGCUUUUUUUCUUCUGCGCUUCAGUAACAAGUGUUGGAAAAUAAGACUCUCCUGGCCCCUGCCCACUGGAGAUCAGAGUGUUUGUCCCUUCAGUCGGAACCAUCCUUCUUCCUCUGACCUGACAGGACAGGAGAUGGGCCAGACUGAGGACUGAACUGGAGGCAGCCCAUCUAGGGAAUGGGGCCUUGAGGCCACACUUGUGGAACAUUUGAACUGCUAUUCUGGAGCUUCUAUUUCUGGUGUGUUCGUUGCACAGCUGUUUGAAAUGUUUAAUAAAGCUUUAUAAACUUUA